CUUUUUUAGAAGAAAUUAACUUGCAGAGACGCGCGAUGGAUCACCGCCUUCCGGAUUUCGACGUGGAUGAUGAAUUCAAUCUGCCUCCCACCGCCACUUCUUCUGGUUCGACCAGACAUAAUAAGAAGCCUGCAAUGGAUGAAGAGAACAUCAUGGAGCUUCUAUGGCAGAACGGUCAAGUUGUUAUGCAUACUCAAAACCAGAGAUCCUAUCAUAAACCAAUCUUCUCCAGCGACGCGGCAAUUCCCGCUGAGCAGCCCGUGGGCAGACAGAUUCGACUGCCGGGAGAAGAAACGUCGGCGGCGAACCAGCAUCUGUUCAUGGAGGAGGAUGAGAUGGCAUCUUGGCUUGACUACCCUCUCGAUGAGCCCUCCUUUGACGACCGUGAUCUCUACUGCUCUGAUCUCCUUUAUCCACCUGCAGCUACGACGUUUGCUCCUCCCGUGUCCUCCGUCCCGACACGCGAAAUCCGCUCGCCUGCAGCCGAGAUCCGUCAGGCUCGGAUUCAUCAGCCGCCAACGCAGACGCCACGUGUACCUCUGGCUAAACCUCCUGAGGCUCGAGGUGCGCCACGCGUCCAAAACUUCAGCCACUUCUCGCGACUGCAUAGAGGGAGGAUCGAACCGGUGCCGUUGAGUUCGAGCAAGGCGCCAAUAGAAUCGACGAUCGUGGACUCGAGCGAGACCCCACACGUAGCAGAAAGUGUGACGCCGGUGUCUGGCGGGAAGUUAAGCGGCACGGUGGACACCGGCUCGUCGCCAAGAGGUAAAAGGGAUGAAAAGGUAUCGUGCGAGCAAACGGUAACGUCAUCUCCCGGAGAUUCAGGAGCCAGCGGCAGCGCGGAGCCGCCCCAAAACGCAGCGGUAGAUGACCGGAAGCGUAAGGGAAGAGAAGCGGACGAGACGGAGGGCCACAGUGAGGAUAUGGACUUAGAAUCUGUUGAUACAAAGAAGGAUAAGCGUGGUUGCCCCUCAACAAAGAGAUCUCGGGCUGCACAGGUCCAUAAUCUCUCAGAAAGGAGGCGGCGUGAUAGGAUUAAUGAAAAGAUGAGGGCUUUGCAAGAACUCAUACCACGCUGCAACAAGUCAGACAAAGCUUCAAUGUUGGAUGAUGCAAUCGAGUACUUGAAAUCCUUACAAGUGCAAGUGCAAAUGAUGUCUAUGGGAUGUGGCAUGGUCCCAAUGAUGUAUCCCGCCAGUAUGCAGCAGUAUAUGCAAACAAAGAUGGGUAUGAACAUGAUGGGGAUGUGCAUGGAUAUGGGCAUGAGUCGGCCUCCCAUGGUUCCUCCAUAUUCAGUACCACCACCACCAACACAUCUACCCGGUUCAUCAAUGCUUCCAAAUCCAACUACGGCAGCACAAAUGAACACCCCAAGAUUUCCUAUUCCACCACCAUCAUUUCCAUUUCCUGUAAAACCAGAUCCUUCUAGACUACCCACAUCAGGUUCCAUUUUAACCCCACUUGUCUCCCUUAAUCCUAACCAGCAACAAAUACCAAAUUUUGUAGAUCCAUAUCAACAAUUUCUUGGUGUUCACCAGGCACAAGUUACGUUGCCGCUGAAUCAAACAGUGGAACGUCAUAUUAACAACAAGCCAAGCAGCAGCAAAGAUCUUGGGAGUUCAGGGAGUCAUCAAUCUUGUGCACCUUGACUGAGAUUUUUAAAAGCAGCCAUUUCAUUUGGGAAUAAAUGGUGAUGUUCAAAAUGCUUUGAAAAUAUAAGACUCAUAGGAGACAUGUGUUGAAUGACAAGAAUGAAGACUGCACAUCAAAGAUGGAGGCCUAUGUAACACACUGUGGCUGAUGAUUUUCCAGCACAUCAUUAACGGGAAUGUCAACCAACCAAAUUUUGCAGAGUAAGAGAAGUAAUAAUGUGAACGUAGCCUAAAUCUGCUGGCCAGACGGCCAGCAUGUAACUUGUUAUGAAAUUUCCUCUUUUUCAUUGUGGCUUUUAAUACAAUGAUUAGUUGAAUGUCUAUGUAUAUAUUAUUACCAUGAUUUUAGUUGAGUUAUCAAAGAAAUUAUUGCCCUCAUGUUUAAAAUAGCCAUAAAACACUUGGGCAUACUGAUUUUUGUUUGCUUCUUGUCCUGGUCCCUUCUAUUAAGAAAGUGUACUAAAGUUUUUUUUGGAAAGCG